AUGCAGUCCAGUUAUAUUUUAUUUCUAUCAGGUGAAGAUGCUCAGUUGCCUGUCUCAGUGUUUCUCGCUCAUGACUCGCUCGACCUUCUUACAUGGCUUGGUGCUAAUUCCGUCCGCUUGGCUGCUGCUGGAAUUGAUGUUCGUGCCGUAGUCGAACGUUCCAUCGUGCAUUUACUCAAUGAGACCACAGCCGCUGAGGUUUCGAAAAAAGAUGGUUCUGAGGGAAUUAUAGCUGAUCCGCAAGUGAUUUCGUGCCCUGGAUAUCGAUUGGACCUGUGA